AUGUUAGCAGUUUGGUGCCUUGUCUUCUUCUGUGGUUGGCUUUCUCCAUCACUGAGCCAGCAGCUGCUCCCAACAGAUGUUGUCAUCAGGGUCAACAAGGGUGUCUUGCAUAAUGCUGUCUCCAACUCCAUGGCCCAAAGCAACGCCCUCCAAGGAGCUAUGACAGAUCUGCCGAUUGGAGGUGGUGGUGGUGGUGGUGAUGGUGGUCUACUAGGAGGCCUCCUUGGAGGAGGCGGUGGUGGGGCUCAGAGACCGGGGGGCUAUAGAGCUCCAAGUGCUAUUGGUGGCAAUGGUGGAGGUCCUGGUGCUGGUGGGCUGCUGGGGCCAGGAGGUCUUUUGGGUGAUGGAGGUCUGCUUGGCGUUGCAGGGGUACUUGGUGGUGGUGGUGGUCUCCUUGGGAAUGGAGGUCUACUGGGCAAUGGAGGCCUCCUGGGUGGAGGUGGCAUCCUGGGCAUCCUUGGAGAAGGAGGUCUACUUUCUACAGUCCAAGGGCUCACAGGGUUACGGAUUGUGGAACUGACUCUUCCCAGGAUAAACCUGAAGCUUGUACCUGGAAUUGGGGUCCACCUGGAUCUGUACACCAGGGUGGCUCUCAAUGGCAAGAGCUUGCUGGGCUUGCUUGACAUUGCAGUGGAGGUGAACAUCACCGCAGUUGUCCGACUGACCAUGGAUGGGAUCGGAUACCCCAGGCUAGUGAUUGACCACUGUGAUACCCUUCUUGGAGGGAUCAGAAUCCGGCUCCUCAGAGGCCUGCUUCCAAUUGUGGACCAUUUAUUAGCACGCAUCCUGAACAGACUUCUUCCAGAUUUGCUUUGUCCCGUCAUUGAUGUUGUCCUUGGUCUCGUCAAUGAUGAGCUGGGAUUCGUGAAUGCUAUAGUCCCUCUUGGUUUGUUAGGAAGCAUCCAGUACACCGUCUCCAGUCUUCCAAUCAUCACAGGACAGUUCCUGGAGAUCGAUUUAAAUACCAUAGUAGGGGCUGUGGCUGGGCCUCUCCUGGACUAUCCGCUGGGCAAGCCAGAAUCUGUCCCUUUGCCUGCAAGGGUGCCCAUGCCUCCACUGCCACCGAUGGAUGAGACCACCAACUCCCAGCUGGGACUCUCCGUCAAUUUCCUGAGAGCUGUCAUUGCUCUCUUGCAGAAGCAAGGAGCUUUGGACAUUGAAAUAUCUGAUGGGAUGUUCCCCGAGCUUCCUCCCCUGGUAACCUCAACUCUUGGUGCAUUGAUUCCUGCGGUUUUCCCGAAGUUCCCAGAGCCCCGUCCUCUGCUUCUGAAGGUGACGGUCGCUGAGGUCCCCUCCGUGAAGCUGCAGAAAGACAAGGGCCUGAUCCAGCUCAAAGCUACUGCAGAAGUCCUGGCCUCCAGGACAAAUGAUGAGUACCAGUCUCUCUGUGUCCUAAACAUUGAUUGUUCUUUGCUGGCCAUGUUUUCUGUUGAAGACAACAAGCUGAAAAUAAAAGUCAGUCUUGACAAGACCCAUCUCUCCCUGGCAUCUUCAAACCUUGGGAAAUUUGAUGUCAAGCUGAUGGAGGGACUGGUGGACAAGAUCAUUGACAUUGCCUUCCUUCCUGCAAUGAACAGCAUCUUAGGUGGAGGCAUUCCUUUGCCCAAGCUGCUGGACACAGACUUCAACAACGCAGACAUUGAUGUCAUUGAAGAUCUGCUUGUCUUGUCUGCAUGA